AUGAUGAAGCGGCAGCUCGACGCGGCGUCGGGCGACGAGCUGCUCAAGCGGCUCAAGGGCACGGUGGGCGCGCCGCCGCCCGGCGACGCCCCGGCGGCGCCGUCCAUGGCGCCGGCGCCCGGCGACGCCGCGGCGCUCGCGGCGCUCGCGCGCGCCGCGGCGCCCGCGGCCGCGCCCCGCGGCGCCGGCGGCGCGGCCGUGCCCACGUUCCGCGUCGGGAGCGAGGAGAUCACGCGCAUCGUCGCCGGGUCCUGCACCUGGCAGCUCAACAGCAAGGACGGCGCGCGGGCCGACGACGUCGCGCGGCGCGCGUGCGCGGCGCACACCGUCGUCGGGAUCCGCACGUUCGACUGCGGCGACAUCUACGCGGGCGUCGAGGAGCUCGUGGGCCGCUUCCUCGCGACGGCCCGGGGCCAGAGCCGGGCGCUGGCCGACUCCGUGCGGCUCCACACGAAAGUCGUGCCCGACGACGAGGCGCUCGUCGCGCGGCAGCGGUGCGGCGGCGAAGCGGAGUCGGCGGACGACGCGCGGCGGCGCGAGCUGGCGCUCGAGCGCUGCGUCGAGGCGUCCGUCUGGCGGUCGGCGAACCGGCUGGGCGUGGGGCGGCUGGACCUCGUGUAUUUGCACUGGUGGGACUGGUCCAAGGAGGGCUUCGUCGGCGCCGUUCGAGCUUUAGAGGCGAUGAAGGCGCGCGGCGUCGUCAAGGACGUGGGGCUGACGAACGUCGACGUGUCUCGGCUCCGACCGCUCUUGGAAGAGGAGGACGGGCCGGAGAUCGCCUGCGUCCAGGUGAAUCUGUCGGUCAUCGACCACCGGCCGUCGUCGUCGGGGCUGUGCGCGCUGUGCGCGGCGCACGGCGUGCGGCUGCUGGCCCACGGCUCCCUCGCCGGCGGCCUGCUCAGCGACGACUGGCUCGGCCGGGACCCGCCGGACUACGCGUCGCUGGGGCCGGGCGUCGCGUCGAACCGCGUCCUCGUCGACGAGUUCGGCGGCUGGGACCGGUUCCAGCGCGUGCUCCGGUGCCUGAGGGCCGUCGCGGACCGCCACGCGGCGGCGCCGGGCCCGCUGACCAAGGUCACGGUGGCCAUGGUCGCCGUGGCCUGGACGCUCAAGCAGACGGGCGUGUCCGCGGUCGUCCUGGGAGCGCGGAACGCAGACCACGUCAAGGACGCGGCGCUCGCCGCGUCGUCGCUGGACCUCAGCGACGGCGACCUCGCGGACGUCGCGGCGGCGCUCGGCGGCGCGGGCGUCACGGGCGAGGUCUACGACCUCGAGCGCGACGCGCGCACGGACUUUUACCGCCUCGCGGGCUCGGGCCGCAUGGGCUCGCGCGACGCGCCCGCGGACCGGAACUCGAGCCGCGCGGCGUCCGAGAGCCAGCUCGUCGAGUGCGCGCGGCGCCUGGGCCAGCUCCACGCCUGCUACGCGUCGUCCUUCCCCGACCCGCCCGACGGCGUCUUCGACGACGCCUCCGACGACAACGGUUCUAAGCGGGCCCGCGGCGCCGCCGGCGCGGCCGCCGCGCCCGCGCCGGGGCCCGGCCAGUGGACGUCGACGUCGGCCUACAGCAACCUCGCCUCGACGCAGCUCCGCGACGUGCUCCGGGGCUUCGUCUCCGAGAUCGACUGCCUGCCCCAGGACCACAGCGGCGGCUCCCGGCCGGAAUUCGGCGCGCCCGCGCCGCGCGUCGCCGCGCUCCGAACCUUCGCGGCGCGCAUGCUCGCGUCCGCGGAGCAGGCCGUCUUCGUCGAGAUGCGCAACAAGCGCCAGGGCGGCGCGCGGCGCGCGCCGCUGCGGUCCUACGACGACACGACGCGCGACGCCGCGAACGCGGCCCAGCACGCGUUCCGCGCGCGCGUCCUCGCGGCCUGCAUCAACGGCGAGGCGCCCGCGGGCGUCGUCGGCGACGCGGGCCACCCGAACUGCACCCUGUCCUAG